AUGAACGUUUUCGAACUGGCAUUUGUACGCUGCUAUGCAUGCGCACUAGUUGGUAUGCUCCUUAACAUCAACAAACUUGUUAUUAGUCGGUUUCGGGAGCGGAAUCCGAAUAUGCCAGACUGUCUUGAUAGUAACAAUGCUGAUAAAUCAGUAACCUGGAUCCCUCCGUUCACUGCUGUUUAUGAGAAGCAGAGAAUUCAGAACGCGGAGGUUCGAUCAGAAGCGUUGAAUUCGAUAGCAAUGUUGCAGGAUGAUCCAACUUGGAGCGAAAACGAUGCGAAUUCCCCAAGACACUGUUAG